CAUUUACUAGCUAGCUAGUCUACAGAUACACAUCUUGAUCACUCCCAAACCACUACUUAAAACCAUGGCUCCAUCGAUUUCGACAAUCCACCCAGCUGCAAAUUCACUCAACAUUGUCGAUUUCGUGGUGCACAAAGGUAAUGGAGUGAAAGGCUUGGCUGAAUUGGGACUCAAGACCCUACCACAGCAGUACAUCCAACCUCUACAAGAACGGUUUGAUACGAGCAUUGAAGAAGUGCAACGUGAUUCCAUUCCAGUUAUCGAUAUGUACAACUGGAGUGAAACGAAAGUUGCAAAAGCAGUCUGUGAUGCAGCACAGAAAUGGGGUUUCUUUCAGGUUGUGAACCAUGGAGUGCCCAUUCAUGUUUUUGAACAUGUCAAAGAUGCAACUCACCAGUUUUUUGCUUUGCCACCGCAAGAAAAGCAGAAAUACUCAAAAGAACGAUCAGUUACCAAUAACGUUCGUUUUGGUACAAGCUUUACUCCUGAUGCCGAAAAAGCUCUCGAGUGGAAGGAUUAUCUCAGCCUCUUUUAUGUCUCGGAUGAUGAGUGUGAUUCCCUCUGGCCUCCAGUUUGCAGGAAUCAAGCUUUGGACUACAUGAAGAGUUCUGAAAGUGUUGUCAAGAAGUUGCUGAAGAUACUGAUGAAUGGGCUGAACGUAAAAGAGAUAGACGAGACCAAAGAAUCGGUUCUAAUGGGGUCAAAGAGGAUUAACCUCAACUACUAUCCCAAAUGUCCUAACCCUGAGCUCACAGUGGGCGUGGGGCGUCAUUCAGAUGUAUCCACGCUCACUAUCCUUCUUCAAGAUGAUAUUGGAGGGCUUUACGUGAGAAACACAGAGACUAUGAAAUGGAUUCACGUCCCUCCAGUGAGCGGAUCUUUGGUGAUCAAUGUUGGAGACGCACUUCAGAUCAUGAGUAACGGCAAGUACAAAAGUGUUGAACAUCGUGUUAGUGCUAAUGGAUGCAGUAACAGGAUUUCAGUCCCGAUCUUUGUAAACCCACGGCCUAAUGACGUUAUUGGACCUCUGCCAGAAGUACUUGAGAGUGGAGAGAGACCACUGUAUAAGCAUGUCCUUUACUCUGAUUAUGUCAAGCAUUUCUUCAGAAAAGCACAUGAUGGGAAGGCCACAGUUGAUUUCGCAAAAGUAUAAACUUACUUUGUGUACACCAAGCAGUUUUUAUUUUCCGACUAAAGAUCAAUAAGAGAGCUAUAUAAGCAAAUGUGUGAGGAAGAAUCAAGGUUGUAUAUGCCCUUGAUAGUGUUGCCCUCUUGUAAUUCAACUUUAUCCAAGUAAACUUGCAGCUAAAUAUGAGACUACUUAA